CAACUCAGCCUAUUGGGGAGUUUCGACCAACUGUGGUCCCUCUGCGUAGGAGAACGGGUAAAAUGGAUCAUUGUAAUUUGUAAUUAUGAAUACACAGUGGACAUAUCACUGUUAAAAACAGCUAAAACAUUCAGUAUCUGCAUGAUGGCUGUUAGAUUUGAGUCUAUGUCUCUGUGUUUUAUGUCCAAGUAUUUUACCAGUACGUUGACAGUGCGCACACUGACCCAUGCCUCCUAAGAAGAGAAAAGCUGUUGCGGAAUCAACUUCCAAGGCUAAAGUGGCAAAGAAGAAUGAUUCAAAAGGAAAAGAAAAGAAAGGUGGAGCAUCUUCAGCAGGUUCCUUGGAUCUGUCCUCAUUUCUUAAAGAUGACACGUGGAAGGAAAGACUGAAGGAAGAAUUUGAGAAAGAUUACUUUAAGGGCAUUGAGGAAUCCUUGUCUGCUGACUAUGCAAAAGGAGAGGAAAUUUUCCCACCAAAGGAUCUUAUCUUCAAUGCGUUCAACCUUACACCAAUAGACAAGGUUAAGGUGGUUCUCCUUGGACAAGACCCUUACCAUGAUGUUGACCAGGCACACGGAUUGUCCUUCUCAGUCCGUCCUGGUGUGAAGAUUCCUCCUUCUCUCAAAAACAUCUACAAGGAGCUGAGUUCUGACAUUCCAGGAUUUACCGCUCCCCAUCACGGCUGUCUGGAGAAGUGGGCUAAAGAAGGAGUCCUACUUCUGAACGCUACUCUAACUGUACAGGCCCACAAGCCAAACUCCCACGCUAAGAUUGGCUGGCAGAAGUUCACCGAUGCUGCCAUCAAGGCUGUGAGUGACCACACCCAGGGGGUGGUGUUUCUACUGUGGGGAGGGUUUGCUCACAAGAAGGAGAAACUAGUGGACAUGACCAAACACCGAGUGGUCAAGACUGCCCACCCGUCCCCACUGUCCGCCAGCAAGUUCAAGGACUGCAAGUGUUUCUCAAGGGUUAAUUUGGCCUUGAAGGAACUUGGUAAAGAAGAAGUAGAUUGGUCCUUAUAAUUUAUCAAAUUCAAGCGAGUUUUUGUUUACAUCCGAGGUAUAUUUAACAACUCGUAAGCAAAGGAUUAUAGCAGAUUGGAUUAAGCAUUAUUAUCAUUGUUGUUCGAAUUAGCAGAUCAGAUCUGUAAUUGAUUAUAUAUACUAAGUGAAUAUUUUUAAU